UGGUCUGUGAGCAAAAAAUUGUAACUGCAAUGGUUUGCGACAUAGAGCCAAUGCACCCCUGCAUGCAUUGAAGCGAGCUUAAAGGAGGCUAAAUUGGCUUUAACAUUCACAAAACGACUAAAUGACACAGACUGCGACGCUGCUGCGAUGGACUGUUCGAUAAAGGCAGGUGUCCCUGAAGGCGCCAUGGACCGACUUGGAUGCAGUGCGAACCCUCAUUUUAAAGAGCAGCAGGAUCCACUUCCAUCACACGGCUGGAAGCGCUGUCCGUGGUAAGUGAGGAUCAGCCCAUAUUCGAGACGAACUACACCACAGCCCCGGCCAUGCACAUGAAGACUGAGAUGACGUCGCCCGGCGCGUUCAGCCAGGCCUCCAAGCCGAGUCCCGAGCCCACCGAGCCGGAGUGGGCGGGGUCAGCGGCACCAAACCCUGGGAAAAGAGCCGAACACGUCAACGGAACCAGCCGCGAGUCCCCGGUGGACUGCAGCGUCACCAAGCGCUCCAGACACAUGAGCAACGACGGGGCCCCGAUGCCAUACCAGGGCUCGUACCCGGAGACCCGCGUGAGCCCCCAGACGGCCACCCCGCCCAGCAGUGCCACGGAGGAGAAGAGGGUCAUAGUGCCGGCAGAUCCUGAGGUCUGGUCGCAGGACCACGUGCGACAGUGGCUGGACUGGGCCAUCAAGGAGUACGUCCUGGAGGAAGUGGACGUCAUGCUCUUCCAAGCGCUGGAUGGCAAGGCCCUGUGCAAGAUGACCAAGGAGGACAUGAUGCGUCUGACGUCGGCGUACAACGCAGACAUUCUGCUCUCACACCUCAGUUACCUCCGGCAGAGUAGCCCCACCUUCUCCUACUCCACAACUCCCACCAACAACACACCACCACAACAACCCAGACUACAGGUGAAAGCAGAGAGCACUUUUGACGAGAUCAGCCGCAGGAACAGCUGGCCAGCAAACACCAUGCCCGCAGUGCCAAAAGGUGUGACAACAAACACUGAUGGCCCCUCCAUGGAGCACCAACAAAGCACAAGAGUUACAGAGCCUGCUCCAAGAAUCGUGCAAGAUCCGUAUCAGACAUUGGGGCCCAUUAGCAGUCGACUAGCGAACCCAGAAGGCCAAGUCCUCAGCUCAUCCAAGAACCGAACGGGCAAACAAAGUCCAUACAAGCUCCCUGACCCCAGCGCUCACAGGCCUGUGGGUUCAGGGCAGAUCCAGCUGUGGCAGUUCCUGCUGGAGCUGCUGGCAGACAGCAACAACUCCGGCAUCAUCACCUGGGAGGGCACCAACGGCGAGUUCAAGAUGACCGACCCGGACGAGGUGGCCAAGCGCUGGGGCGAGCGCAAGAGCAAACCCAACAUGAACUACGACAAGCUGAGCCGUGCUCUGCGCUAUUACUAUGACAAAAACAUCAUGACUAAGGUGCACGGCAAGCGCUACGCCUACAAAUUUGACUUCCAAGGCAUCUCGCAGGCACACCAGAAUCACGCAGCGGAAGGGGGGAUUGUUAAGUACCAGACUGAGAUGUCUUACGUCCAGCCCUACCACAGCCACCAGCCAAAAAUGAACUUCAUGGGGGGCCAUCCAGCUCCUAUGCCCGUCUCCCCCGGCAAUUUUUUCGCCCCUCCGACAACAUACUGGAACUCGCCCAACAGCCCCAUCUAUUCUGGGUCAGCCAUGACCAGACAUCCUGCCACUCACUCCCACCUGAGCUCGUACUACUGAGGCUGACGCAUCUCACACCUGCACAGGAGAACACGAGCAAGGAACCCAGAUGUGCUUGAGAACACAUGCGCACACACCAUCCAGGAUGCACCUGAGCUGAACCCUGUCUGAAAUGAAGGCGAUAUGACGCUACGGUCUGUUUUUAUGAGGGCAUUAUGAUGUUGUCUUUGGCGUAUUCCUUCUUAAAAAUGGACAAAACACGAGGCUAAAUUAACUCUGUGAUGAAUGGAAAGGUAUUAUAUUAUACCCAAGAUUUUCAUGAAUAUACUGAUGACACAAUAUAUUGAUGGUUAUUCAGAUAUUAUGAAACCAAGUUUAUUUUGUAAGUAUUUUGGUUGAUAGCACCUGUUGUGAAGACCACAGUCACAUUAUGGUUUUGUAACCAUCCUUGGUCGAAACUGCAGUUAUCAUAUUCACUCACCUGACAUUUGUAAAAGAAAAAUUGUACAGAAUUACUGUUAUGUAGCAAUGUAACAUUUACUCAUUAUGUAAAGCUAAUAAAUGAUGCUUGUACCUCAAAAAAAAA